AUGGCAUGGCCUUGCAUCACGCGUGCUUGCUGCAUCAACCGCUUUUGGACCGAGCUGGACAAAGGGGACAUCGCGGUGCCUUUGGUUUUUACCAAAUACUCGGAUGUUGCCGACGUGCAGCAUCUUCCCCAUCAUCCGCAGCCGAGGCUGAAGAGGGCCGGCGCCAUUGCCAUAGAAACCGAACCCCAUCCCGGCGGCGAGCAGCAGGAGGCUGGGAAGGCACCGCCCGCGACGGGUGCCGCAGCAGGCAAAGAUGGCUCUUCUGCAUCCGUCAUGCGCCAAGACUUCAAGGCGUGGAGAGUGCGCCCCGAACCCAGCUGCAAACCCAGAAACGAGUUCCAGCGCUCACAGGCCCCGUUUAACAACGAAACGCAGUAUCAGAAGGACUACAAGCCCUGGCCUAUACCCAAGAAGCACGACCACCCCUGGAUCCCCAAACCAAGCCCCACCACCACCACUGGUGUCCCAGAGCGGAGCGCAGGGAGCGGUAAGAUGGAGCACGCCGAGGCCGAGAGCGGCGUGGAGAAAAGCGAGAUCGAGGAGAAAAUUCAGGAGAAAGAAGCAAAGGAGUUGAUGAUGAAGAAGAGCGAGAAGAGGGAAAAGUCUGCGGAGAGACAAACUGGUGAGAAGACUGAGGGACAAGUUACCGCAGAUGCAAUGAGCGCCGAGCAGAGGAAAGGCAGAGCAGCUGCAGACGCUUUAAACAAGCAGAUAAAAGAGGUCAUGUCGACUUCUAGCAGCUACAGGACUGAGUUUAAAGCAUAUAAGGAUGUGAAACCAGUGAAGGCCAUUAAAGCUCCAUCCCAGUAUAAACCCCCAGUGGAGGAGAGCAGUCGGGAAACCAGCUACAGUGCCACAUACAAGGGGGAGCAGGUGAAGGCUCAGCCCAACGACAACAAGGUGGUCGAGCGCAGGAGGAUACGUAGCCUGUACAGUGAGCCCGGCAAGGAACCUGCCAAGGUGGAUAAACCAGUGUCUCGCACCAAACCAAAAAAGACACCAACAACAACAACAGGGAAGAUGGUGAAAAAAUCGAAAGAGAAGGUGCUUGCUAGUUCCCAGUCAGCCAAGAAGAAACCAUCUUUGAGCGCUGCAGAAGCCAAACCAGAGGGAGUUGUGACGAAGAAGAGCAAAGAGAUCAGCAACAGACUGGCUGAAGCAAAGCAGUAAAAGUAGUUCAUCUCUCAACACUUUUGCGAGCGCGAUCAAAGGCCACUUGACAAAUUAGUCAAACUUCUUCCCUUUGGUUUUUUUCCCCCUGACCUGUUGUUCACUUAUGAAUGGGCACUGAUGUUAAGCUUUUAGAAUAAUGCAAAUAAGUUCACUGUAAAUGGUGAAUGUGAGUGUGUGUAUGUUGAUGUGUGAAAGUAUGUGAUUCCUUGUGUUUUGGUGCACAGAAACGCUUUAUAUUAUUGAGCACAUAAUUUGCACAUUCUUUAUAUAAGUUGUGUUUGGCAUCGACCUAUAAAAAAGAGCCAUGAGUACACACGUAAUGUCUGUUUGAAAGGGCAUUUUUACCUUUGUCUGAAUGGUCGAUAAUUCAGAUAAAUAUUCAAAUGAUUGUAUCAAUGUCAGGGGUGGACGCUUUUUUUCUCUGAGAGGUUUUGAGAUAGUACAAAUCUGAUUUGUGUUUCCUAGUUACAGUGCCUCCGCUGUAUGGUCCUGGUUUUCAUUUCGCUGGUCUGGAUGAUAUCUGGUUUCAUCAGUUUGGUUGCUUAGAAACCAAAUGAUCUGUAAUAUAAUUGCUUGCAUGCAGGACCCCAUUUUUGGCUGAGUAGCAACAUUUAAGCAGACUCGAAGUCACAGUCACAUUUUAGCCUGUAAAUUGAGCCAUUUAAGAUCAAUGUAGAGGGGCAAGGCCCUUUCAAGUAUAAUGCAUGUGUAGUAAUAGAUUCUGGUCACAGUGAAAAACUGAAGUACAUACACUAAGUAAAUCAUAGUCUAAUGGCUGUUCAAGCUAUUACACAAACACACCAGCAAUAUGGUUUCACCCACAAACAUAUUUCUUGCAAUCUAAGAGGAAAUCAUCUCCUUUGUCCGAAAGGGAAUUCUGCAGAUUUGACAAUGACUCAGUAUCUUGUGACGUCCAUCCUCUCAUCUGAGCUGUGAUGUUGUAACUGUGCUAAAUGAAAAAAAGAAUACCUAUUAGCCCAGAAUUUAUUGUAUUUACUCUGUGAUUCCCUCUCUGAAUGGGCUGAUCUCUCCAGGUGUUGAAGGACAAAGAAUGAGCCAGGACUCGUAGUUCAGCUAUCAAAAAUGCUGCUGUCUGAAAAUGCGCAAAUCACAUUCUGUUCAUUGUGAGCAUGACAUGAGGUCAUUUUACUAAAAUGUCAUUACAUCCUUCCCUCACGGGUUGUUAACACACAUUUGUCUAUCUUGAUGCCCUAAGUGGCCAGCGUUGCUGCAGUGUGCGAGAGUGUUACCCACCGUUAGUCUGCUUCCACUUUUAGCUUCUGCGUGAGUGAGUGAGAGAGUUUUUGUGUCUGACCUCUACAGCCUGCUGCCUGCUAGCAUCAAGUCUGACCCGACGACUAGACGUGCUGCUAUGCACUCCAACACCCUGGUGCUAUAUCUCUCUUGUUGUAUAUGCUGUCUGGUUGGGGCUGCGUGUGGUGUCAGGCCACAGUGAAAUGAUGAUAUUACAAUGUCAUACCGCUGCAGACAUGUUGUGAUAUUGUGCUUGUACUCUCAGCUUGCUCUGAAUGAACUCUGAUUAAAAUGAUGAUGCAGAA